AUGUCCAGUCCGACAGUCGAUCGACCAGACCGUCCACACCUCCCGUCGUCGACACGUCCAGUCCGACCGUCGACACGAGAUGACCCACCUCAGCUUCCUGUCGUCGACAUGUCCAGUCCGACCGUCGACACGACAGAUCGACCACCACCAGCUUCCUGUCGUUCCCGUCGUCGACACAACCGUCCACACCUGCUUCCAGUCCGACCGUCAGUCCGACGACACGACAGAUCGACCACACCUCAGCUUCCCGUCGUCGACAUGACCAGUCCGACCGUCGACACGACCAGAUCGACCACAACUCAGCUUCCCGUCCCGUCCGACCGUCGACACGACCAGAUCGACCACCUCAGCAGUCCGACCAGUCCGACCGUCGACACGACCAGAUCGACCCACCUCAGCUUCCUGUCGUCCUCGUCGUCCGACCGUCGGACACCAGAUCGUCCUCAGCUUCCGUCGUCGACAUGUCCAGUCCGACCGUCACGUCACCAACUCAGCUUCCGUCGUCGACACGUCCAGUCCGACCGUCGACACGACCAGAUCGUCCACACCUCAGCUUCCCGUCGUCGACAUGUCCAGUCCGACCGUCGACACGACCAGAUCGUCCACCUCAGCUUCCUGUCGUCGACACGUCCAGUCCGACCGUCGACACGACCAGAUCGUCCACACACUCAGCUUCCCGUCGUCGACAUGACCAGUCCGACCGUCGACACGACCAGAUCGACCACCCCUCAGCUUCCUGUCGUCGACAUAGUCCGGUCGACCGUCGACACGACCAGAUCGACCACCUCAGCUUCCCGUCGUCGACCGUCCAGUCCGACCGUCGACACGACCAGAUCGUCCACACUUCAGCGUCGCCGACAUGUCCAGUCCGACCUCGUCGACCAGAUGACCGCACCCAGUCCGACCGUCGACCGUCGACCAGAUCGACCACCCUCGUCGUGUUCCCGACCGUCGACACGUCCCAGUCCGACCGUCGACGCCGACCAGAUCGUCCACCCUCAGCUUCCCGUCGUCGACAUGUCCAGUCCGACCGUCGACACGACCAGAUCGUCACCAGAUCGAACUCCACCUCGCUUCCGUCGAUCGACCACUCGUCCCAGUCCGACCGUCCGACCGUCGAUCAGAUCGUCCACCCUCAGCUUCCCGUCGUCGACAUGUCCAGUCCGACCGUCGACACGACCAGAUCGUCCACCUCAGCUUCCGUCGUCGACAUGUCCAGUCCGACCGUCGACACGACCAGAUCGACCACCCUCAGCUUCCCGUCGUCGUCAUGACCAGUCCGACCGUCGACACGACCAGAUCGUCCACCUCAGCUUCCCGUCGUCGACAUGUCCAGUCCGACCGUCGGCGACCAGAUCGACCACCUCAGCUUCCGUCGUCGACAUGUCCAGUCCGACCGUCGACACGACCAGAUCGACCACCCUCAGCUUCCCGUCGCCGUCAUGUCCAGUCCGACCGUCGACACGACCAGAUCGUCCACCUCAGCUUCCCGUCGUCAUGUCCAGUCCGACCGUCGACACGACCAGAUCGACCACAGCUUCCAUCUGUCGUCACGUCCAGUCCGACCGUCGACACGACCAGAUCGACCACACCUCAGCUUCCCGUCGUCGACAUGACCAGUCCGACCGUCGACACGACCAGAUCGACCACACCUCAGCUUCCGUCGUCGACAUGACCAGUCCGACCGUCGACACGACCAGAUCGACCACCUCAGCUUCCCGUCCACGUCGUCGACGCCAGUCCCGUCGUCGACACGUCCAGUCCACCGUCGACACGACCAGAUCGACCACACCUCAGCUUCCCGUCGUCGACAUGUCCAGUCCGACCGUCGACACGACCAGAUCGUCCACACCUCAGCUUCCCGUCGUCGACAUGACCAGUCCGACCGUCGACACGACCAGAUCGACCACACCUCAGCUUCCCGUCGUCGACAUGAGUCCAGUCCGACCGUCGUCGUCAUGUCCAGUCCGACCGUCGACCAGAUCGUCCACCUCAGCUCCCGUCGUCGACAUGUCCAGUCCGACCGUCGACACGACCAGAUCGUCCACCUCAGCUUCCGUCGUCGACAUGACCAGUCCGACCGUCGACACGACCAGAUCGACUACCCUCAGCUCCGUCGUCAGACCUCCGACCGUCGACGACCAGAUCGACCCACCUGUCCGUCCGACAUGUCCAGUCGACACGACCAGAUCGACCACACCUCAGCUUCCUGUCGUCGACAUGUCCAGUCCGACCGUCGACACGACCAGAUCGACCACACCUCAGCUUCCCGUCGUCGACUUCCCAGUCCGACCGUCGACACGACCAGAUCGUCCACCUCCUUCCCCGUCGCCGACACGUCCAGUCCGACCGUCGACACGACCAGAUCGACCCCUCAGCUUCCCGUCGUCGACAUGUCCAGUCCGACCGUCGACACGACCAGAUCGUCCACACCUCAGCUUCCGUCCGUCAUGUCGUCCGACCGUGACCAGUCCGACCGUCGACACAGUCCGACCGUCGACACCACCAGAUCGUCCCACCUCAGCUUCCCGUCGUCGACAUGUCCAGUCCGACCGUCGAAACGACCAGAUCGUCCACACCUCAGCUUCCCUCCGACCGUCGACACGACCAGAUCGACCACACCUCAGCUUCCCGUCGUCGACAUGUCCAGUCCGACCGUCGACACGACCAGAUCGACCACAACUCAGCUUCCCGUCGUCGACAUGUCCAGUCCGACCGUCGACACGACCAGAUCGUCCACCCUCAGCUUCCCGUCGUCGACUCGUCCAGUCCGACCGUCGACACGACCAGAUCGACCACACCUCAGCUUCCCGUCGUCGACAUGACCAGUCCGACCGUCGACACGACCAGAUCGUCCACACCUCAGCUUCCCGUCGUCGACAUGUCCAGUCCGACCGUCGACACGACCAGAUCGACCACACCUCAGCGUCGCCCGUCGACACGUCGAGCUUCCCGUCGUCGUCUCAUGACCAGUCCGACCGACCAGAUCGUCCACCUCAGCUUCCCGUCGCCGACACGAGUCCGACCGUCGACACGACCAGAUCGACCACCCCUCAGCUUCCCGUCGUCGACAUGUCCAGUCCGACCGUCGACACGACCAGAUCGACCACACCUCAGCUUCCCCGUCGUCGACAUGUCCAGUCCGACCGUCGACACGACCAGAUCGACCACCCUCAGCUUCCCGUCGUCGACAUGUCCAGUCCGACCGUCGACGUCCCACCUCAGCUUCCCGUCGUCGACUCGACCGUCCGACCGUCGACACGACCAGAUCGACCACAACUCAGCUUCCCGUCGUCGACAUGUCCAGUCCGACCGUCGACACGACCAGAUCGACCACACCUCAGCUUCCCGUCGUCGACAUGUCCAGUCCGACCGUCGACACGACCAGAUCGACCACCCUCAGCUUCCGUCGUCGACAUGUCCAGUCCGACCGUCGACACGACCAGAUCGACCACACCUCAGCUUCCCGUCGUCGACAUGUCCAGUCCGACCGUCGACACGACCAGAUCGACCACACCUCAGCUUCCCGUCGUCGACAUGUCCAGUCCGACCGUCGACACGACCAGAUCGACCACACCUCAGCUGACCAGUCCGACCGUCGACACGACCAGAUCGUCCACACCUCAGCUUCCGUCGUCGACAUGUCCACACGACCGUCGACACGACCAGAUCGACCACACCUCAGCUUCCGUCGUCGACAUGACCAGUCCGACCGUCGACACGACCAGAUCGACCACACCUCAGCUUCCCGUCGUCGACAUGUCCAGUCCGACCGUCGACACGACCAGAUCGACCACACCUCAGCUUCCCGUCGUCGACACAGUCCGACCGUCGACACGACCAGAUCGUCCACACCUCAGCUCCCGUCGUCGAUAUGUCCAGUCCGACCGUCGACACGACCAGAUCGUCACAACUCAGCUUCCUGUCGUCGACAUGACCAGUCCGACCGUCGACACGACCAGAUCGACCACACCUCAGCUUCCCGUCGUCGACAUGUCCAGUCCGACCGUCGACACGACCAGAUCGACCACACCUCAGCUUCCCGUCGUCGACAUGACCAGUCCGACCGUCGACACGACCAGAUCGACCACACCUCAGCUUCCCGUCGUUCCCAGUCCGACCGUCGACACGACCAGAUCGACCACACCUCAGCUUCCCGUCGUCCAGUCCGACCGUCGACACGACCAGAUCGUCCACACCUCAGCUUCCCGUCGUGACCAGUCCGACCGUCGACACGACCAGAUCGUCGACCGUCGACAUGUCCAUCCGACCGUCGACACGACCAGAUCGACCACACCUCAGCUUCCCGUCGUCGACAUGUCCAGUCCGACCGUCGACACGACCAGAUCGUCCACACCUCAGCUUCCCGUCGUCGACAUGUCCAGUCCGACCGUCGACACGACCAGAUCGACCACACCUCAGCUUCGCGUCGUCGACAUGACCAGUCCGACCGUCGACACGACCAGAUCGUCCACACCUCAGCUUCCCGUCGUCGACAUGUCCAGUCCGACCGUCGACCAGAUCGACCACACCCCAGCUUCCCGUCGUCGACAUGACCAGUCCGACCGUCGACACGACCAGAUCGACCACACCUCAGCUUCCCGUCGUCGACGACCAGAUCGACCAGUCCGACCGUCGACACGACCAGAUCGUCCACACCUCAGCUUCCCGUCGUCGACAUGUCCAGUCCGACCGUCGACACGACCAGAUCGUCCACACCUCAGCUUCCGUCGUCGACAUGUCCAGUCCGACCGUCGACACGACCAGAUCGACCACCCUCAGCUUCCCGUCGUCGACAUGUCCAGUCCGACCGUCGACACGACCAGAUCGACCACACCUCAGCUUCCCGUCGUGUCCAGUCCGACCGUCGACACGACCAGUCCAGUCCGACCGUCGACAUGUCCAGUCCGACCGUCGACACGACCAGAUCACCUCAGCUUCCCGUCGUCGACAUGUCCAGUCCGACCGUCGACACGACCAGAUCGACCCACACUCAGCUUCCCGUCGUCGACAUGUCCAGUCCGACCGUCGACACGACCAGAUCGACCACACCUCAGCUUCCCGUCGUCGACGACCAGUCCGACCGUCGACACGACCAGAUCGACCACCCUCAGCUUCCCGUCGUCGACAUGUCCAGUCCGACCGUCGACACGACCAGAUCGACACACCUCAGCUUCCCGUCGUCGACAUGACCAGUCCGACCGUCGACACGACCAGAUCGACCACACCUCAGCUUCCGUCGUCGACUCGUCCAGUCCGACCGUCGACACGACCAGAUCGACCACCCUCAGCUUCCCGUCGUCGACAUGUCCAGUCCGACCGUCGACACGACCAGAUCGUCCACACCUCAGCUUCCCGUCGUCGACACCGUCCAGUCCGACCUCCGACAGAUCGACCACACCUCAGCUUCCCGUCGUCGACCAGUCCGACCGUCCACACCAGAUCGACCACACCUCAGCUUCCGUCGUCGACAUGACCAGUCCGACCGUCGACACGACCAGAUCGUCCACAACUCAGCUUCCCGUCGUCGACAUGUCCAGUCCGACCGUCGACACGACCAGAUCGACCACCUCAGCUUCCGUCGACCGUCGACACGACCAGUCCGACCGUCGACACGACCAGAUCGACCACACCUCAGCUUCCCGUCGUCGACAUGACCAGUCCGACCGUCGACACGACCAGAUCGACCACACCUCAGCUUCCCGUCGUCGACAUGUCCAGUCCGACCGUCGACAAGACCAGAUCGUCCACACCUCAGCUUCCCGUCGUCGACAUGUCCAGUCGACCGUCGACACGACCAGUCACCUCAGCUUCCGUCGUCGACACCAGUCCGACCGUCGACACGACCAGAUCGUCCACACCUCAGCUUCCCGUCGUCGACAUGUCCAGUCCGACCGUCGACACGACCAGAUCGUCCACACCUCAGCUUCCCGUCGUCGACAUGUCCAGUCCGACCGUCGACACGACCAGAUCGACCACACCUCAGCUUCCGUCGACACGACCGAGUCCGACCAGUCCGACCGUCGACGUCGACCAGUCCGACCGUCGACGACCAGAUCGACCACACCUCAGCUUCCCGUCGUCGACAUGUCCAGUCCGACCGUCGACACGACCAGAUCGUCCACUUCCCGUCGUCAGCCAGUCCGACCGUCGACACGACCAGAUCGACCAGUCCGUCGUCGACACGACCAGACCGUCGACACGACCAGAUCGACCCUCAGCUUCCCGUCGUCGACAUGUCCAGUCCGACCGUCGACACGACCAGAUCGUCCACCCCUCAGCUUCCCGUCGUCGACAUGGCCAGUCCGACCGUCGACACGACCAGAUCGUCCACCUCAGCUUCCCGUCGUCGACAUGUCCAGUCCGACCGUCGACACGACCAGAUCGACCACACCUCAGCUUCCCGUCGUCGACAUGUCCAGUCCGACCGUCGACACGACCAGAUCGACCACACCUCAGCUUCCCGUCGUCGACAUGUCCAGUCCGACCGUCGACACGACGAUCGACCACGACCAGCUUCCCGUCGUCGCAUUCCAGUCGUCGACACGACCAGAUCGUCUCGCUUCCGUCGUCGACAUGUCCAGUCCGACCGUCCACGACCAGAUCGUCCACACCUCAGCUUCCCGUCGUCGACAUGACCAGUCCGACCGUCGACACGACCAGAUCGUCCACAACUCAGCUUCCCGUCGUCUACAUGUCCAGUCCGACCGUCGACACGACCAGAUCGACCACACCUCAGCUUCCCGUCGUCGACAUGACCAAUCCGACUGUCGACACGACCAGAUCGACCACACCUCAGCUUCCCGUCGUCUACAUGUCCAGUCCGACCGUCGACACGACCAGAUCGGCCACACCUCAGCUUCCCGUCGUCGACAUGUCCAGUCCGACCGUCGACACGACCAGAUCGACCACACCUCAGCUUCCCGUCGUCGACAUGACCAGUCCGACCGUCGACACGACCAGAUCGUCCACCACUCAGCUUCCCGUCGUCGACAUGUCCAGUCCGACCGUCGACACGACCAGAUCGACCACACCAGUCGUUCCAGUCCGACCGUCAGUCACAUGACCAGUCCGAUCGACCACCUCAGCUUCCGUCGUCUCUCGACCGUCGUCGUCGACAUGUCCAGUCCGACCGUCGACACGACCAGAUCGACCACACCUCAGCUUCCCGUCGUCGACAUGUCCAGUCCGACCGUCGACACGACCAGAUCGACCCACCUCAGCUUCCCGUCGUCGACAUGUCCAGUCCGACCGUCGACACGACCAGAUCGACCACACCUCAGCUUCCCGUCGUCGACAUGUCCAGUCCGACCGUCGACACGACCAGAUCGUCUACAAAUCAGCUUCCCGUCGUCGACAUGUCCAGUCCGACCGUCGACACGACCAGAUCGACCCACCUCAGCUUCCUGUCGUCGACAUGACCAGUCCGACCGUCGACACGACCAGAUCGACCACAACUCAGCUUCCGUCGUCGACAUGACCAGUCCGACCGUCGACACGACCAGAUCGUCCACCCCCUCAGACGUCGUCGACAUGUCCAGUCCGACCGUCGACACGACCAGAUCGUCCACAACUCAGCUUCCCGUCGUCGACAUGUCCAGUCCGACCGUCGACACGACCAGAUCGACCACAUCUCAGCUUCCCGUCGUCGACAUGACCAGUCCGACCGUCGACACGACCAGAUCGACCACACCUCAGCUUCCCGUCGUCGACAUCCAGUCCGACCGUCGACACGACCAGAUCGACCACACCUCAGCUUCCCGUCGUCGACAUGACCAGUCCGACCGUCGACACGACCAGAUCGACCACACCUCAGCUUCCCGUCGCCGACACGUCCAGUCCGACCGUCGACACGACCAGAUCGACCACACCUCAGCUUCCCGUCGUCGACAUGUCCACUUCCCGUCGUCGACAUGUCCAGUCCGACACGACCGUCGACACGACCAUGAUCGACCGUCGACACCAGACGACCCUCAGCUUCCCGUCGUCGACAUGACCAGUCCGACCGUCGACACGACCAGAUCGUCCACAACUCAGCUUCCCGUCGUCGACAUGUCCAGUCCGACCGUCGACACGACCAGAUCGUCCACACCUCAGCUUCCCGUCGUCUACAUGUCCAGUCCGACCGUCGACACGACCAGAUCGUCCACACCUCAGCUUCCCGUCGACGACUCGUCCAGUCCGACCGUCGACACGACCAGAUCGUCCACAACUCAGCUUCCCCGUCGUCGACAUGUCCAGUCCGACCGUCGACACGACCAGAUCGACCACACCUCAGCUUCCCGUCGUCGACAUGUCCAGUCCGACCGUCGACACGACCAGAUCGACACACCUCAGCUUCCCGUCGUCGACAUGACCAGUCCGACCGUCGACACGACCAGAUCGUCCACCCCUCAGCUUCCCGUCGUCGACAUGUCCAGUCCGACCGUCGACACGACCAGAUCGUCCACCUCAGCUUCCCGUCGUCGACAUGUCCAGUCCGACCGUCGACACGACCAGAUCGACCACACCUCAGCUUCCCGUCGUCGACAUGUCCAGUCCGACCGUCGACACGACCAGAUCGACCACACCUCAGCUUCCCGUCGUCGACAUGUCCAGUCCGACCGUCGACACGACCAGAUCGUCCACACCUCAGCUUCCGUCGUCGUCACGUCCAGUCCGACCGUCGACACGACCAGAUCGACCACACCUCAGCUUCCCGUCGUCGACAUGACCAGUCCGACCGUCGACACGACCAGAUCGUCCACAACUCAGCUUCCCGUCGUCGACAUGACCAGUCCGACCGUCGACACGACCAGAUCGACCACACCUCAGCUUCGUCGUCGAUGUCCAGUCCGACCGUCGACACGACCAGAUCCAGAUCCGACCGUCGUCGACACGACCAGAUCGUCCACAACUCAGCUUCCGUCGUCGACAUGUCCAGUCCGACCGUCGACACGACCAGAUCGACCACACCUCAGCUUCCCGUCGUCGACAUGUCCAGUCCGACCGUCGACACGACCAGAUCGACCACACCUCAGCUUCCCGUCCGUGACCAGUCCGUCGACAGAUCGACCACACCUCAGCUUCCGUCGUCGACAUGACCAGUCCGACCGUCGACACGACCAGAUCGACCCGACACCUCAGCUUCCCGUCGUCGACAUGUCCAGUCCGACCGUCGACACGACCAGAUCGUCCACCUCAGCUUCCCGUCGUCGACAUGUCCAGUCCGACCGUCGACACGACCAGAUCGUCCACAACUCAGCUUCCCGUCGUCAUGACCAGUCCGACCGACCAGUCCGACCGUCGACACGACCAGAUCGACCACACCUCAGCUUCCCGUCGUCGACAUGUCCAGUCCGACCGUCGACACGACCAGAUCGUCCACACCUCAGCUUCCGUCGUCGACAUGACCAGUCCGACCUCCGACCGUCGACACGACCAGAUCGACCACACCUCAGCUUCCCGUCGUCCCGUCCGUCGACCGUCGACAUGACCAGUCCGACCGUCGUCACGACCAGACCGUCGACACGACCAGACACAACUCAGCUUCCCGUCGUCGACAUGUCCAGUCCGACCGUCGACACGACCAGAUCGACCACACCUCAGCUUCCCGUCGUCGACGACCAUCCGACCAGUCCGACCGUCGACAGCUUCCCGUCGACCAGUCCGACCGUCGAUCGACCAGACCACCCUCAGCUUCCGUCGUCGACACGUCCAGUCCGACCGUCGACACGACCAGAUCGACCACACCUCAGCUUCCGUCGUCGACAUGUCCAGUCCGACCGUCGACACGACCAGAUCGUCCACACCUCAGCUUCCCGUCGUCGACAUGUCCAGUCCGACCGUCGACACGACCAGAUCGACCACACCUCAGCUUCCCGUCGUCGACAUGUCCAGUCCGACCGUCGACACGACCAGAUCGACCACACCUCAGCUCCAGUCCGACCGUCGUCGACAUGUCCAGUCCGACCGUCGACACGACCAGAUCGACCACACCUCAGCUUCCCGUCGUCGACAUGUCCAGUCCGACCGUCGACACGACCAGAUCGUCCACACCUCAGCUUCCCGUCGUCGACAUGUCAGUCCGACCGUCGACACGACCAGAUCGACCACACCUCAGCUUCCGUCGUCGACACCAGUCCGACCGUCGACACGACCAGAUCGACCACCUCGUCGCUUGUCGGUCCGACCGUCGACACGACCAGACCAGCUUCCCCGUCGUCCGACCGUCGACGUCGACCAGAUCGACCACACCUCAGCUUCCCGUCGUCGACAUGUCCAGUCCGACCGUCGACACGACCAGAUCGACCACACCUCAGCUUCCCGUCGUCGACAUGUCCAGUCCGACCGUCGACACGACCAGAUCGACCACACCUCAGCUUCCCGUCGUCGACAUCGUCCAGUCCGACCGUCGACACGACCAGAUCGUCCACAUGCUUCCAGUCCGACCGUCGACCGUCGACACGACCAGAUCGACCACACCUCAGCUUCCCGUCGUCGACAUGUCCAGUCCGACCGUCGACACGACCAGAUCGACCACACCUCAGCUUCCGUCGUCGACAUGACCAGUCCGACCGUCGACACGACCAGAUCGACCACACCUCAUCUUCCCGUCGUCCGUCCAGUCCGACCGUCGACACGACCAGAUCGACCACACCUCAGCUUCCCGUCGUCGACAUGACCAGUCCGACCGUCGACACGACCAGAUCGACCACACCUCCCGUCGUCUUCCGACCGUCGUCGAUCGACACCUCAUUCCGACCGUCGACACGACCAGAUCGACCACACCUCAGCUUCCGUCGUCGACAUGACCAGUCCGACCGUCGACACGACCAGAUCGACCACACCUCAGCUUCCGUCGUCGACAUGUCCAGUCCGACCGUCGACACGACCAGAUCGACCACACCUCAGCUUCCCGUCGUCGACAUGUCCAGUCCGACCGUCGACACGACCAGAUCGUCCACCCCUCAGCUUCCCGUCGUCGACAUGUCCAGUCCGACCCGUCGACUUCGACCAGAUCGUCCACACCUCAGCUUCCCGUCGUCGACACUCAGCUUCCCGUCGUCCAGUCCGACCGUCGACACGACCAGAUCGACCACACCUCAGCUUCCCGUCGUCGACAUGACCAGUCCGAUCGUCGACACGACCAGAUCGACCACACCUCAGCUUCCCGUCGUCGACAUGACCAGUCCGACCGUCGACACGACCAGAUCGUCCACAACUCAGCUUCCGUCCUUCCCGUCGUCGACAUGUCCAGUCCGACCGUCGACACGACCAGAUCGACCACACCUCAGCUUCCGUCGUCGACAUGACCAGUCCGACCAUCGACACGACCAGACCACUUCAGCUUCGUCGCCACGUCGAGUCCGACCGUCGAUCGAGAUCGACCACCCCUCAGCUUCCCGUCGUCGACAUGUCCAGUCCGACCGUCGACACGACCAGAUCGUCCACACUCAGCUUCCCGUCGUCGACAUGUCCAGUCCGACCGUCGACACGACCAGAUCGUCCACACCUCAGCUUCCCGUCGUCGACAUGUCCAGUCCGACCGUCGACACGACCAGAUCGACCACACCUCAGCUUCCCGUCGUCGACAUGUCCAGUCCGACCGUCGACACGACCAGAUCGACCACACCUCAGCUUCCCGUCGUCGACCGUCCAGUCCGACCGUCGACACGACCAGAUCGACCACACCUCAGCUUCCCGUCGUCGACAUGUCCAGUCCGACCGUCGACACGACCAGAUCGACCACACCUCAGCUUCCCGUCGUCGACAUGUCCAGUCCGACCGUCGACGACCAGAUCGACUCAGCUUCCUGUCGUCGACAUGUCAGUCCGACCGUCGACACGACCAGAUCGACCACCACCUCAGCUUCCCGUCGUCGACAUGUCCAGUCCGACCGUCGACACGACCAGAUCGCUUCCCGUCACGACCUCAGCUUCCCGACCGUCGUCGACCGUCGACGACCAGAUCGACACACCUCAGCUUCCCGUCGUCGACAUGUCCAGUCCGACCGUCGACACGACCAGAUCGACCACCUCAGCUUCCCGUCGUCGACAUGUCCAGUCCGACCGUCGACACGACCAGAUCGUCCACACCUCAGCUUCCCGUCGUCGACAUGUCCAGUCCGACCGUCGACACGACCAGAUCGACCAGCUUCCGUCCUCAGUCCGACCGUCGACACCCAGUCGUCGACAUGUCCAGUCCGACCGUCGACACGACCAGAUCGACCACACCUCAGCUUCCCGUCGUCGACAUGUCCAGUCCGACCGUCGACACGACCAGAUCGACCACACCUCAGCUCCCGUCGUCGACAUGUCCAGUCCGACCGUCGACACGACCAGAUCGACCACACCUCAGCUUCCCUUCGUCGACAUGUCCAGUCCGAUCGUCGACACGACCAGAUCGACCACACCUCAGCUUCCUGUCGUCGACAUGUCCAGUCCGACCGUCGACACGACCAGAUCGACCACACCUCAGCUUCCCGUCGUCGACAUGACCAGUCCGACCGUCGACACGACCAGAUCGACCACACCUCAGCUUCCCGUCGUCGUCGUCCAGUCCGACCGUCGACACGACCAGAUCGUCCCACCUCAGCUUCCGUCGUCGACAUGUCCAGUCCGACCGUCGACACGACCAGAUCGUCCACACCUCAGCUUCCCGUCGUCGACAUGUCCAGUCCGACCGUCGACACGACCAGAUCGUCCACACCUCAGCGUUCCCAGUCGUCGACACGACCAGAUCGUCCACACUCCGACCGUCGACAUGACCAGUCCGAUCGACCAGAUCACCACCUCAGCUUCCCGUCGUCGACAUGUCCAGUCCGACCGUCGACACGACCAGAUCGACCACACCUCAGCUUCCGUCGUCGACAUGACCAGUCCGACCGUCGACACGACCAGAUCGACCACAACUCAGCUUCCCGUCGUCGACAUGUCCAGUCCGACCGUCGACACGACCAGAUCGACCACACCUCAGCUUCCCGUCGCCGACACGUCGAGUCCGACCGUCGACACGACCAGAUCGACCACCCCUCAGCUUCCCGUCGUCGACAUGACCAGUCCGACCGUCGACACGACCAGAUCGACCACACCUCAGCUUCCCGUCGUCGUCAUGUCCAGUCCGACCGUCGACACGACCAGAUCGACCACACUCAGCUUCCCGUCGUCGACCAGUCGACCGUCGACACGACCAGAUCGACCACACCUCAGCUUCCGUCGUCGACAUGUCCAGUCCGACCGUCGACACGACCAGAUCGACCACAACCUCGUCGACUUCCCGUCGUCGACCAGAUGUCCAGUCCGACCGUCGACCGACCAGAUCGUCCACACCUCAGCUUCCGUCGUCGACAUGUCCAGUCCGACCGUCGACACGACCAGAUCGACCACCUCAGCUUCCUGUCGUCGACAUGUCCAGUCCGACCGUCGACACGACCAGAUCGACCACACCUCAGCUUCCCGUCGUCGACAUGACCAGUCCGACCGUCGACACGACCAGAUCGACCACAACUCAGCUUCCCGUCGUCGACAUGUCCAGUCCGACCGUCGACACGACCAGAUCGUCCACAACUCAGCUUCCCGUCGUCGACAUGUCCAGUCCGACCGUCGACACGACCAGAUCGACCACACCUCAGCUUCCCGUCGUCGACAUGACCAGUCCGACCGUCGACACGACCAGAUCGACCACACCUCAGCUUCCGUCGUCGACAUGACCAGUCCGACCGUCGACACGACCAGAUCGUCCCACAACUCAGUCGUCGUCCGUGUCGACCGUCGACACGACCAGUCCGACCGUCGACACGACCAGAUCGACACGACCAGAUCCAUACCUCAGCUUCCGUCGUCUACAUGUCCAGUCCGACCGUCGACACGACCAGAUCGACCACAUCUCAGCUUCCCUCGUCGACAUGACCAGUCCGACCGUCGACGACCAGAUCGACCACACCUCAGCUUCCCGUCGUCGUCCGACCAGUCCGUCGACACGACCAGAUCGACCACACCUCAGCCCGUCGUCGUCGGUAUCCGACGACCGACUGUCGACAGCUUCCCGUCGUCGUCCAGUCCGACCGUCGACACGACCAUCGACCACCUCAGCUUCCGUCGUCGACAUGUCCAGUCCGACCAUCGACACGACCAGAUCGCACACCCGUCCGUCGACAUGUCCAGUCCGACCGUCGACACGACCAGAUCGACCACACCUCAGCUUCCAUCGUCCACACCUCAGCUUCCCGUCGUCGACAUGACCAGUCCGACCGUCGACACGACCAGAUCGACCACACCUCAGCUUCCCGUCGUCGACACGUCCAGUCCGACCGUCGACACGACCAGAUCGACCACACCUCAGCUUCCCGUCGUCGACGUCGUCCAGUCCGACCGUCGACACGACCAGAUCGACCUCAGCUUCCGUCGUCUACAUGUCCAGUCCGACCGUCGACACGACCAGAUCGUCCACGUCGUCGGCCAUCCGACCGUCCGACCAGUCGACAUGUCCGUCGACCGUCGACACCAGAUCGACCACACCUCAGCUUCCCGUCGUCGACAUGUCCAGUCCGACCGUCGACACGACCAGAUCGACCACACCUCAGCUUCCGUCGUCGAUAUGUCCAGUCCGACCGUCGACACGACCAGAUCGACCACACCUCAGCUUCCCGUCGUCGACAUGACAGUCCGACCGUCGACACGACCAGAUCGUCCACAACUCAGCUUCCGUCGUCGACUCGUCCAGUCCGACCGUCGACACGACCAGAUCGACCACAACUCAGCUUCCAGCUUCCGUCAUCGACCACAACUUCAGCGUCCUGUCGUCGACGUCGACACGACCAGUCCGACCGUGGACACGACCAGAUCGACCACACCUCAGCUUCCCGUCGUCGACAUGACCAGUCCGACCGUCGACACGACCAGAUCGGCCACAACUCAGCUUCCCGUCGUCGUCAUGUCCAGUCCGACCGUCGACACGACCAGAUCGUCCACACCUCAGCUUCCCGUAGUCUACAUGUCCAGUCCGACCGUCGAAACGACCAGAUCGACCACACCUCAGCUUCCUGUCGUCGACAUGUCCAGUCCGACCGUCGACACGACCAGAUCGACCACACCUCAGCUUCCCGUCGUCGACAUGACCAGUCCGACCGUCGACACGACCAGAUCGUCCACACUCAGCUUCCCGUCGCCGACACUGUCCAGUCCGACCUCCGACCGUCGACACGACCAGAUCGACCACACCUCAGCUUCCCGUCGUCGACAUGACCAGUCCGACCGUCGACACGACCAGAUCGUCCACACCUCAGCUUCCCCUGUCGUCGACACGACCAUCGACCACACCCAGUCCGAUGUCCAGUCCAACGACCAGAUCGACCACACCUCAGCUUCCGUCGUCGACAUGUCCAGUCCGACCGUCGACACGACCAGAUCGACCACACCUCAGCCCCCUGUCGUCGACAUGACCAGUCCGACCGUCGACACGUCGUCCACAACUCAGCUUCCCGUCGACAUGUCCAGUCCGACCGUCGACACGACCAGAUCGACCACACCUCAGCUUCCCGUCGUCGACAUGUCCAGUCCGACCGUCGACACGACCAGACCAGAUCGACCACACCUCAGCUUCCUGUCGUCUACAUGUCCAGUCCGACCGUCGACACGACCAGAUCGUCCACAACUCAGCUUCCCGUCGUCUACAUGUCCAGUCCGACCGUCGACACGACCAGAUCGACGUCACAUGUCCAGUUCGACCGUCGACACGACCAGAUCGACCACACCUCAGCCCGUCGUCGAUGACCAGUCCGACCGUCGACACGACCAGAUCGUCCAUAACUCAGCUUCCCGUCGUCGACAUGUCCAGUCCGACCGUCGACACGACCAGAUCGACCCUCAACUGUCGUCAGUUCCAGUCCGACCGUCGUCGACCAUGUCCACAACCAGUCCGACCGUCGACACGACCAGAUCGUCCACAACUCAGCUUCCCGUCGUCGACAUGUCCAGUCCGACCGUCGACACGACCAGAUCGACCACCUCAGCUUCCCGUCGUCGACAUGUCCAGUCGUCGCCGACCGUCGACACGACCAGAUCGACCACACCUCAGCUUCCUGUCGUCGACAUGUCCAGUCCGACCGUCGACACGACCAGAUCGUCCACACCCCAGCUUCCCGUCGUCGACAUGACCAGUCCGACCUCCGACCGUCGACACGACCAGAUCGACCACACGUCAGCUUCCCGUCGUCGAGAUAUGACCAGUCCGACCGUCGACACGACCAGAUCGUCCACUCUCAACUCAGUCCAGUUCGACACGACCCGUCGUCGACAUGUCCAGUCCGACCGUCGACACGACCAGAUCGACCCGCCACCUCAGCUUCCCGUCGUCGACAUGUCCAGUCCGACCGUCGACACGACCAGAUCGGGACCAUACGUCAGCUUCCCGUCGCCGACACGUCCAGUCUGA